AUGUCUUCCCACAAGACUUAUAGGAUCAAGCGGUUCAUGGCCAAGAAACAAAAGCAGAACCGGCCCAUUCCUCAAUGGAUUUGUAUAAAAACUGGUAGUAAGAUCAGGUACAACUCCAAGAGGCAACACUGGAGAUGA